AUGAAUGGCAAACAACAACUACUUAUUGAAUCAGCUACGGAAGAAGAUGCUGGUCUAUAUUCAUGUGUAGCGGAAAAUAAACCUGGCCGAGCGGAGAAGGAUCUUAUCGUGGCUGUUCUUAAACCACCACAAAUGGAUGGUGAACAUCGUGUUUUUGAAUUACCUGAAAAUGAAGCAAUAACACUGACCUGUCCAAUCAGUGAUCCAUCAUCAGUGGAAAUGCAAUGGACUAAGAAUGGUAUUCCAAUUACUACAUCGAAUAACUUGCAAUUAUCAACAAGUGGCUUAAAGUUGCAUAUCCUACAUGGACAACUCUAUGAUGCAGGUCGAUAUAUUUGUCGAGCAUGGAAUGAUGCUGGUGAAGCAAUUGCAUACAUGAAUGUCGUCGUUUUAGUGCCACCAAAAAUUAUUGGAUCAGCAUUUCGUACAAUUGAAUCAGUUUUAAAUCAAACAGUUACUAUUGAAUGUCAAAGGACUGGUAUACCAACACCAAAAAUUAUUUGGUCUUUCAAUGGACGUACAAUUUUUCCAUCGGAAAAAAUUCAAAUUUUAAAUAAUGGUACUUCGUUGAUAUUGCAAGAAAUACAAAUAAAUCAGGAAGGAAGAUAUUCGUGCACUGCAACAAAUAAAGUUGGAAGAGCUGAAGCUGAUACAUUCUUGCAAAUAAUGGCACCACCAAAAAUUUUAACAUCUAUCAGUGGAUUGAAAGCAAUCCAAGGACAAGGACAAACAAUUCAUUGUGAAGUGAGUGGUAAGCCAACGCCAAAAGUGGAAUGGCUCAAAAAUGGACAACGAUUUAAUGCUACAAUGGCUCAAUCAUCCAGUAAUUUGCAUUACAUACAUUUCAGGGAAGUGCAAGUCGGUGAUGCAGGACGAUAUACAUGCAUAGCGAGGAAUCGAGCUGGUGAACAUCGCAUAACAACGCAACUUUAUGUACUUGUGCCGCCAAUGAUUCUGGAAGGUGAACGUGUUGUCCAGGUGAAAGAAAAUGCUACAGUAACAUUAGAAUGUGUUGCAAAUGGAAAUCCGAAACCGAUGAUUGUGUGGAAGCGUGAUGGACGGCUUUUGGAUGCACGUGGCCCACGUUUUGUGAUUACAUCAUCGAAAGCUUCUAACGCUGGCAGAUACACGUGUGAAGCACGUAAUGAAGCUGGCAAGGUAUCAAUUGAUUUUGAAGUUGAUAUUUUUAUUAAGCCACGUUUCCGAGAUCUUAAAACGGAAAUUCGAGUUCGUGAUGGUGAACGAGCACGUCUUGAAUGUAAAGUUGAUGGACAUCCUGAACCAAUCAUCACAUGGAUGCGUGGCGGUCGUCCAAUUGAAGAUAUGAAGAAUAUUAUAUUCAGUCCACGUGGUGAAACAAUGAUGAUUCUUAAAUCACACAGGGCAGAUUCUGGAAGUUAUUCAUGUGUGGCGAAAAAUUUUGCCGGAGAAGCAGAAGCCAGUUUUACGGUUAUUGUACUGAUAGCUCCACAUAUCGAUGAACAAAUCGAUCAAAAUCUACGUAUUGUUCAAGGCAAUAAAGUUAUCAUGCAUUGUCCGGUGCAGGGCAAUCCAAAACCAAAGAUAAAAUGGUUAUAUAAUGGGAAAUCAAUUAAGAAUGAUCGUGCAAAGAUUGUUAGAGAAAUUGAUUUAAUCAUUCAACAAUCGAAACAACAUGAUAAUGGACGUUAUACAUGUUUCGCAGAAAAUGAAGCUGGAAUAUUGAAUACAAAUUAUGAGCUUGAAAUUAUCGGUCCACCGAAAUUUCAUCAUCGUGGUGAGGCUGUGUAUGAGAUGAUAGUUGGUAAAACGGUAACUAUGGAUUGCGAUGUUGAGGCUGAACCGAAACCGGAAAUUCAUUGGUUCCGCAGUGAUUCACCUCUAUAUCCUACUGAAAACAUUCGCAUUUCACCGGAUGGACAGCAAAUAACGAUCCGUGGUGUGAAAAUAAGCGAUGGUGGCAAAUAUACUUGUAAAGCAGAAAAUGAAGCAGGUUCAGCAGAUAUUGACUUGACACUGAAAGUUUUAGUACCACCCAGUAUUGAUACUUCAAAUAUCAUCGGCAAUCCAUUAGCCGUUGUGGGAAAAUCAAUUUACUUAGAAUGUCCAGUUUCUGGCAUUCCACAUCCAUCAGUGAUAUGGUAUAAAGAUCGUGUACCAAUAUCAACUAAUAAUGAUCGUUUUGUUAUUGAGCAGAAUAAUCAAACAUUUGGCAUCAAAGAAGUAAAAGUAAGCGACAAAGGACAGUUUGUAUGUGUGGUUGAAAAUAAAGGAGGCCGAGUGGAACAGAGUUUUAAUUUGGAAGUUUUAGUACCACCACAACUUGAAACGAUGGAACCACAGAAAUAUACGAAACGAGAAAAAGAUACCAUUACGUUGUACUGUCCGGUAAAACAUGACGAAGAUUCAACAACUCCUACUGAAAUUUUGUGGUACAAAGAUGGCCGUCCAAUUGAUGGACUUGCAGUACCAAAUAUUAAAAUUACAGCUGACAGUCAACGUUUGCAUAUCAUUCGUAUGUCACUUUCUGAUGCUGGCAAUUAUUCAUGCGUUGCGUUGAAUCGUGCAGGAGAAUCAUCACUUGAUUUCUACGUGGAGAUACUUUCAUUCCGAGCGGAGUUUUUUUCUGCAGCUAAUAAUGAUCAGUGGUUAUUAAAUGGCGAUUACGAUUGUGAACGUACCGUACAGGAGGACAACGCUGCCCUCACAAUUAACACUAUAAUUCCAUUAAGAAGGAGUCAUUAUAUUGCUUCGGCUGGUAGAAAAGAAUAUUUAGAAAUUCUUAAAAUUGCAGCAGCACCUCAAUUGGAUUGUAGUCGAAAUGAGCAACGACCGCAUGUUAUUGCUGGACGUCCUAUUACCCUCUGGUGUAUGGUUUCCGGAUAUCCAUUACCGACAAUUCAAUGGAUGAAAGAUGGUUACCGUGUGCCAAUCAAUGAGAAGAGUGCUAUACGACUUGUCGAAAAUGGACAGGGACUGGAAAUUUUGGAAGCGAAGCCUGAACAUGCCGGUAUUUGGAUGUGUGAAGCAUCAAAUGCAGCUGGUAAAACAGAUUACGAAUUAACGUUGGAUGUUUGGACACUUCCAAUCGUAUCCAUCAAUGCAGAUGAUAAUAUUCGAUCAAUCGAUAGUACUACCAUGAUGCAAUGUCAAGCUACCGGUAAUCCAGAACCAUCAUUAUCAUGGAGUAAAGAUGGUCAGCCACUUAUCACUUCUGCAAAUGAUGUAAGAAUUUCAUUGAAAGGAACAAGACUAGAUAUUCCUCACUUGAAACAAUCACAUGCGGGUGAAUAUGCAUGUAUCGCGAUGAAUGAAGUUGGUACAUCCUCUGCUACUGCACAUAUCGAUGUUUUAGUACCGCCGGUAAUUAAUCGUGAUAACAUUGAGAUGAGUCCACGACUACCAACUGCUCAAACAUUAACAUUAAUUUGUGAUGCAACCGGUAAACCGUUACCUCAAAUAUUUUGGUAUGUAAAUGAUACUUUAAUACGUGAAACGACGUCAAAUGUGAUCAUUGGUGAAAAUAAUCGUUAUCUUCAGGUAAACGAUGUUACAUUGAACGAUCAUGGAGAAUACAAAUGUGUCGCAUCAAAUAUUGCUGGCAAAGAUGAGCUUUUAUAUACAGUUACUAUAGUUCAAGCUCCGAAGAUAUUGAACGGUGGUAAUUAUCAAGUUAUUGAGGGUGAAGAAGCCGGAAUUGUAUGUAAUGUCACUGGUGAACCCUCACCGGUAGUUACAUGGCAACGAAAUGGAAUUAAUAUUGAAAGUGGAACGAGAUAUAUUAUUGAAGAUAAGACACUCCGAAUAAUGGAUGCUCGAAGUUCUGAUUCGGGUUUGUACAUUUGUUUGGCAACGAAUGAAGCUGGAACAACUCAACAGGCGUUUACACUUGAAGCUUUUGUUGUUCCUCGUAUCAUUGCAACAUCACCGAAAGAAUCGUUGAUACCUGCUGGCAAACCAUUUAGUCUGAAAUGCGGUGUGCGAGGUUCUCCGCCACCAGAUAUUAUAUGGUCAUUGAAUGGAGAAAUGCUUGACAAAGGCAAGAUAGGUUACUCUAUUGCGGAGGAUGGUACUUUGUUUGUUGAAAAAGCGCUGAAAGAAGCAACACUGACUUUUAAAUGUAUAGCAAAGAAUGAUGCUGGCUCAGAUAGCAAUGAAUAUAUCGUCAAAGUGAUAAAUCCACCAGUUGUGAUAAAAGAAAGUAUUAAAACAAUUAAUGCAACAGAGGGUGAUCCAUCAUUAAUGAUUUGUGAAAUUGAGGGAGAAAUUUCACAAAUUUAUUGGUAUAAGGACGAUGAACCGCUGAUAUUAACGCCAAACAUAGAAUUAAGUUCGGAUCGAACACAACUUAAAAUGCAUCAUUCCAAGCUACAUGAUGAAGGUAUGUACAGUUGUGUUGCUGUUAAUCCGGCCGGUAAUGCUACACAGAAACAACAACUUUAUGUUGGCGUUCCACCACGAAUAACUGAAAAACCGCGGCGAAUUAUAGUAAAAAGCGGUCAAUUAGCUGAAUUAUGGUGUGAAGCAGUUGGUAUACCAAAACCGCAUAUCACAUGGUUGAAAGAUGAUAAAGCGUUAUCACAAACAGCAUUGGAUGACCAAACAGAUGCGCAAAAAUCUACUGCUUUCUUUCCAAAUGUAUCAAGUGAGAAUGGUGGAGUUUAUACAUGUAAAGCAGAGAAUUGGGCUGGUAUCAGUUAUAAGGAUGUCUCUUUAAUCGUUCUAAUUCCACCGUCAAUUCAUCCUGAACGAUUAAAUGUGACUGCAAAAAUUGAUGAAACUGUAAUCUUGACGUGUAAUACAACGGGAGUACCAGAACCUGUUGUAUCAUGGAUGAAAAUGCCAAAUGUUGACAUUAUUGGAAAUGAAAUGAAAUAUCAAAUUUACGGAACAGCAUUACAUAUUAAAAACGUAUUACCACAAGAUGAUGGUUUUUAUCACUGCGUUGCAAAAAGUAAUGCUGGUCAAGCAAUUGGAUCAAGGCGACUUACCGUUAUUGAUCCAAAGAAAGGUUAUAAAGUGAUUUGGGUAGAAUGCGAUGAAUUUGGACAGCCAAUUAAGACGACAUAUGUGCCAGCACGUGGUGACAUUCCCGAAGAUGGUAAUAAUUUGUUACCAUGGAAGCAAGAUCUACAGGAUCUUCCACAAAAUGGUACUAAUGGAAUAUUGAUACAUUGUUUACCUGAAUCACGUGGACCACGUCGUGCUCCACUAGCUAUGCCCAGAUUCAUACGAUCACCACGAACACAAAAAGUUUCACCAGGAGCUGUUGCUAAUCUUCAUUGCAGUGCUAUUGGUCAACCUAAGCCACAUAUUAUUUGGAUUCGUAAUGGAGCAUUUUUAGCAGGUAUAUCGCAAUUAUCCGUUGGUCAUUCGAUAUUGAGAGUGAAAGUUGAAAGUGAUGAUGAUUUGGGUGAUUAUAUUUGUUUGGCGCAGAAUGCUGUUGGUUCUGUUACUAGUAUUGCUACCUUAUUACUUGAUCAAACUACAGAAAAGGUUCAAAAACGCACAAUUGCAAUGUUAAAUUGUGUAUUCGACAAUAGUGUUCCAAAAAAAAAUGUGGUUUGGAAAUUUUUCAACAUACAAUUGAACAGCAAUUCCAUUGGAAGAGCAAAUCUUCUGCGUAACGGAUCUCUAGUUGUUUACGAUGUCACCGAAAGUAAUUUGACAGAUUUACUUGGCUAUCAGUGCUAUACGACAAAUCGGAAACAAACAACUGAAAUAAAUUUCUUGAAAAUACAAGACGACGUACCACGUGUUCAGGUCUCACCAAAACAAGUCUUUGUCAACUUGGAUGAAUCAUUGAUUCUGAAUUGUAAAUUGAUGUCCAAUCCGUUAACAGCAAUUGUUCAAUGGACCAAAAAUGAUGUAAAAUUGAAUGAUAGCAGCAGAACAAGAAUGCUUGCUAAUAAUUCUCUCCACAUUAUGAAAUUGUUAUCUUCUGAUCGUGCUGUAUUCAAAUGUAUUGCAUCAAAUCGAUAUGGAAAAUCAUAUGAUGACGUAAAGGUGAUUGUUAGAACAGGUUUAGCCGGUGUGGUUAACAAAGUUAAAGGAAUCGUAAAUAAUCGAAGACUGAAACGUGAAACAGUACUUAUUAGUGUAAAACCUAAAAUGGAAGCUAAUUUGAUUGCAAUGAAUAAUAUAUUUGGGAAGCAAGGUGCUAUAGCUGAAACACUACUUGGCUAUAUGACGGUAGCUUUGCCACAGUUAGCUUUCAAUCCCAAUCAGGAAAAUUCACUUGCAAGUGUGCAAUUUUAUCGUGUGGUUGAUUAUCGUUUUGAAAGCGGUGAAAUGAUGCGCGUUUACCAAAAAGGAUUUGGCCUAGACGGUGAAUAUGCGCAAUUUGAAAUGAUCUUCAAUGGACGAGUGCCACAAUUUAACGAUGAGAUUUACUCUUGGAUAGAUCAAGCUACAGAGGAAAUGGUAGAACAGGAGCCAGGUAUGAUACGUGGCAAUGGAUUUGCAAUUCUACGUGUUGCAAAUCAAACAAGCAUACCAUUCUAG